GCCUCCGCGACUUUGACUGCCGCCGCCGCCGCUUUCUCUCCUCCUCCGCCUCCCCGCUCGCUCUUCUUCCUUCUCGCGGGCCGCUGAUCCCUUCACUCUUCACAGCGAGCGCUAGAAGAGGGAAUGGAGCUCCGCCUCGCCUCCCGCGGCGCCCUUUCGGCCGCUCCGCCGCUUUCCGGCUGCUUGUCGCGGCACUCGCUCUCGCCGUGGCUCAAGAUCCAGAACCACAUUUAUCCGAUGCCAAGUCUCUGUUACAAGGUUCGUACCACGGCAAAAUGCCAUGCUUCUAUGGCAACAAGUUACGUCAGGGAAACAUCAGAGGUCACUGAUUUGGACUGGGAAAACCUUGGCUUUGGCCUCAUCGAGACUGACUUUAUGUAUGUUGCAAAAUGUGGACCUGAUGGAAUCUUUUCCAAAGGUGAAGUCCUACCUUUUGGUCCUAUAGCACUGAGUCCUUCUGCUGGAGUCUUAAAUUAUGGACAGGGAUUGUUUGAAGGCCUAAAAGCAUAUAGGAAAGCUGAUGGGUCCAUCCUUCUAUUUCGUCCGGAGGAGAAUGCUAUAAGGAUGAUAAGUGGUGCAGAGAGAAUGUGUAUGCCUGCUCCAACUGUUGAGCAAUUCGUUGAUGCUGUUAAACAAACUGUUUUGGCAAAUAAAAGAUGGGUGCCUCCUACUGGUAAAGGUUCCCUGUAUAUCAGGCCACUCCUAAUAGGAAGCGGUGCUGUUCUUGGUCUUGCACCUGCUCCUGAGUAUAGCUUUAUCAUUUUUGUAUCCCCUGUUGGGAAUUAUUUCAAGGAAGGUUUAUCUCCUAUCAAUUUGAUUGUUGAGGAGAAAUUUCACCGUGCCAGCCCUGGUGGAACUGGAGGCGUGAAAACCAUUGGAAACUAUGCCUCGGUACUGAGAGCGCAAAAGGUUGCAAAGGGGAAAGGAUAUUCUGAUGUCCUUUAUUUGGAUGCUGUUCAUGACAAAUAUCUUGAAGAAGUCUCUUCCUGCAAUAUUUUUGUUGUGAAAGACAAUGUUAUCUCUACUCCUGCCAUUAAGGGAACAAUACUGCCUGGUAUAACAAGGAAAAGUAUCAUUGAAGUUGCUCAGAGCAAAGGCUUCAAGGUUGAGGAGCGCCUGGUGUCAGUAGAUGAGUUGCUUAAUGCUGAUGAAGUUUUCUGCACGGGGACUGCUGUUGUGGUGUCACCUGUAGGGAGUGUUACAUAUAUGGGGAAAAGGGCGGAAUAUGGCAACCAAGGAGUCGGUGUCGUGUCUCAGCAACUAUACAAGUCACUUACAAGCCUCCAGAUGGGCAAUGUUGAGGACUGGAUGGGUUGGACCGUGCAACUGAAUCAGUAGCAGGUUCUCCACAGAUAUUGCCUUGGCAGAUCCCCAGAUCAUUACAGCUAAUGGGUGCGAUAGUUUGUUUACCUGUCAGUUGAGUUGGGUUCCUGAGGUAGACUACAGACCUCACGCAUAUGUACUGUAUCAGUAUCUGUUUCCCUUGCGACCACAGCAUAUAGUAGAGCAGUAAGAUGAAUGUGCUGCUGCUUACUAGCCCUCUGAGCUCCUGACCAUAAGAACACUGAACAGUCUUGUUGUUAUUUUGCUGAUCUGUUGUUUCAAAGCAAUGAAAUAAAAUCUGUGGUUUGCACCUUGCCAUGUAAA